AUGAUGGAGCAAGACGAUCAAUUCGAGGAAUAUGACAAUAUUAAUAAACCAUAUGGCAUAAAAAACAUAUACAACGUAAAAAAAGAAGACGUUAUUGUUCAAGAUGAUAUGAACAUAAAUACCAAUUCAAGAAUAAAUUUUGAUAACAAUGAACAAGUAAAUAUAUAUAUUGAAAAUAGUGACUUAAAUAAAAAAACAUAUAAUUGCUAUACAUGUAAUAUACAAAUAUAUAAUUAUUCUUUUUUUCGAUAUCAUUUUAAAUCGGAAUGGCAUAAAUAUAAUUUAAAAAGAAAGUUAUUAAAUUUGAGUGCAAUCAAUGAGCUAGCUUUUAAUGAAAAGGUUACCAAUUUAAAAAAAAUAGAAGAUGAAAAUGAGAAGGAAAAAAACAAAAAAGAUAAAAACGGGUCUAGCAAUGAUCAUAAAAAAAAAGAAAAUAAUAAAAACAAAAACAAUAACAACGGUAAUAAACAAAAAAAAGAUAAAUUUGGUAACAAUCCAAAUAAUAACAACACAAGUGGAGCGAAAAAAGUGAUAUAUGCAACAACGGAAGAUUAUUUAUUAAAAGCCAAUGUAAGUUAUGAUAAUCCAUUAGUUUGCUUUUUUGAUAAUCGAAUUUUUAAUACUAUUGAAGAAAAUAUUAAACAUAUGAAUGAAAAUUAUACUUUUUAUAUUCCUGAUAUAAAAUUUGUGACAAAUUUGAAAAAAAUUAUUUUAACAAUAGGGAAAAAAAUAUAUGAAGAAAAUAUAUGUAUUUACUGUCUUAAAUACUUUAAAUCCGUUAAAGCAUUACAGUCUCAUAUGGUAUGUAAAAGUCAUACUAAACUUCAUUCGGAUUUUUUUUCUUUUAUUGAAAAAUAUUACGAUUUUUCAAAAACAUAUGUUGAUUUGUUAAAUAAAUAUAUUGCAAAUAAGGAAGAUAAAGAAUUAGUUCUAUGCAUGUUGCAUAAGAACAAAAAUAAUUUUAAAAAAACCAUCAAUGGUGAAAAGAAAGAAACGAAAUUAACUAUAAAAGAAGAUGAAAAUGAAAAUGGUGAAAGAAAAUUAAAUGACAACCAAAAUAAUACAUCCCAUGAAAAUUAUAAUGCAGGUUAUUUAUCAUCCGAUCAUAAAGAGACUAACAUUAAAAAAAAAACUAGUAGACACAAUUCUGCUGAGCCUAUAAUAAAAUAUAACGAUAUAUCUGAUAAUUAUAACAGUGAUAAUUCUGAUGAUUAUAAAGUUAAAGAAGAAGAAUUAAGUAAAAGCAUAGAUCAUAACAUGAUAUAUGAAGUGCUAGAACAAUUUGGAUACAUAAAACCAGAGUUAAAUGAAUACAAUAAUUUAAUAUUACCAGAUGGGUCAGAAGCUAUUAAUAGAAAACUUGCAUACAUAUUUAAACAAAAACUACCACUGGAAAAUAGAGAAUCAGGAAAAUGUGAUAAAAUAGAUGUAUUAAAAAAAAAGAAAGAGAAUAUUCAGCACUAUCGUAAAUAUAAAUAUUAUGUAGAUGUGAUGAAAAAAUAUAAUUUAGAUUUAAAUGUGAAAACAAAUAAUUUAAAUAAAUAUUAUAAAAGUGAAUCUAUUUUUUUUCUGUAG